UCAAAGUAGGACCUUACAUUGUUACCCUUGGAUGACUGGCGGAACAGUAUUUAAAACUGGGAACUAGGAAAACAAAGAAGUAACAGAGAAAAGAAUUCGAAAUUCAACGUUAGCAAUAAAUCAACUGGAGUUCUACGUAGCAAUGAGCGAUACCGAGGAUUCAGCAUCUAUGAGUGAUCUCCUGAAGGCGGCCAGCGAGCUGUCCGAUAGCUUUGGCCAACUGAUCUUCCAGAUCGAUGGGCUAUUGCUGGAUGCCCACGUAGUCGACUCGGAAAUUUCAAGAUCUUGUAACUACCGCCACGAGCAGCUCAUCAAGCAUCUGGCGGAUAAGGACGAGGAGGCGGUAGAGCUGCGCGAGAACCUGGAACUGAAGGCCACAGUGGAGGAGUACAUUGCCGGCGUUCAGACGAUCGUGGCCAAGUACAAGGAGCACUGUCAGGGCGACAUUCUCUUGGACAGCUACAACCUCCGUGAGAAAUACAUGGCGAGUCUCCAGGAGAUUGUCAAUGGGCAGGACGAGCGCAUCGAUCGCAUGUUUGAUGUGAUGAAAGACAUCGGCCAUAUGGAGGAUCAGGAGACCGAGCAAAACCAGGAGCUUAUUCGCCGCCUCUUUGGAGAGAACGAGAUGAUGCGCUGCCAGCUGCAGAUCAACAAUGACGGCGGAUUCCCCAAGGGACCCCACGAGACCAACGAGAUCGCCACGCAGUUUGAUCUGAACGACUGGACUCCGGAUGCGUCUAGUAUGAUUAGCUUCAUGUCGUGUCUGUCCCAGGACGUCGACGACAGCGAUUCUCUAUCAGGCUGCUCGGUGGUCAGCCAGGUCGAAGUCAAUCGCUUCAUAGAAGAGGCUCUGAGCAAGGAUAACGAUUCCGAUGAGUCGUUUUCAAGCAGCGAGUAUGAGUAAACCAUCUCCGCUGAUCCUACACGAAAACCCUACCAGAUGUUUCUCUCUUCGUAGCCACACCCACACCCACACCCACACCCAUGCGAUGAAUAAAAUGAAGAUCUAAGGUUGGGUUCCCUUACAGUAUCAGUAAUGGGAGGGAACCCUUAGCCAAAUCAA